AUGGAUGCUCUCAAAGCUGAAAUUGCACUCAAGCGCAAGUACGUUCAGAAUGACGCAGAAAUGCGCCCGUCCAAGUACGUGCGUCGCGGUGAACUUGAGCGCAUGAAAGAAGAAGAAGAACGGCGAGCACGCGAGGAGAAAGAAAAGGAAAUGGCAGCGGAGCAGGCGGCAGAGAGGGACGCUGCACUAGCCAGAAGCAAGCAGAAGAAAAAGGUCGACACUUCCUCGCGCUCCACUUCUAACACCCCUUUACCGGAAAGUCAGGAUCCAGACCCAACAAUUUUAGAGGGUUCAUUUAACAUUCCCAGCAAUGAAGCCAUCCGCAGACUGCGAGCCAAAGGCCAGCCGAUCCGACUUUUUGGUGAAAGCGACCGCGACCGGCGCCUGCGUUUGCGUGCUCUCGAACUCAUCGAAGAGCGCGGACACGAGAAAGCUGGCACAAAUGACUUUAGGAAGGCACUGGAAGAUGUUGAGAGUGUUGAGAGGGAGUUGAGGGCUAAAAACGAUAAGGGGAAGAAGAAAGAUGACGGAGAAGUGAGCAACAAUGCCGGGAGUGUAGCCAUGGUGGAUCUAGGGUUGUUAAAGACAGAUCCGGACAAAUUGUACCCCGUCAUAUACUACGCACUCAAGCGGACGCUCAAGGAAUGGGAGGAGGCAAUGGAUGAACGACCAGAAAAUGUCAAGCGGACUCACCAGGGCAAACUGGCUGCAGCAACGCAAGUCCAGUCUGCCGAGUAUCUAAAGCCGCUGUUUAAGACACUUCGUUCACGAAAUCUACCGCCGGACAUGCUUGUACGCAUAGCUGAAAUAGUAUAUUACAUGCAAAAGCGGCAAUAUCAGAGAGCAAAUGACUCGUACCUUCGACUGUCCAUUGGAAAUGCUCCAUGGCCGAUUGGUGUUACGAUGGUGGGUAUCCAUGAACGUUCCGCGCGCGAAAAGAUCUCCACAGACCAGGUUGCGCAUGUGCUGAAUGACGAAGUCAGCAGGAAAUAUAUACAGAGCCUCAAACGGCUCUUGACGUUCUCUCAGACAAAAUACCCACCAGAGGACGUUUCACAGCUUAUGGGAUAGUUGAGUUUACGUUGGU